GCCGGGGCCGCCGGAGAGCCGCGCCCGCGCUGAGCGAGGCCGGGCCGAUGGGCGCUGCAGGCUGGGGCGCGGACCGGCGGGCGGCGGUUGUGGCGUUUUUCUUUCACCCCAGCUGUGUGGACAGAGCCACACACCCUCCGAACAACAACGGCUCUUGCGUGCAUGUUCCAGUGUUUCUUCUGUCAGAGAGCCCAGCAGAACUUCAGCGCCUCCCGUGCCAGCCCUGAGCUGAGCCAGGAGUGCCCAGCAGAGAUGGUGAAGAUGACAAGGUCCAAAACUUUUCAAGCAUAUCUGCCAAACUGCCACCGAACGUACAGUUGUGUCCAUUGCCGGGCCCACCUGGCCAAUCACGAUGAGCUGAUCUCCAAGUCCUUUCAGGGGAGUCAGGGACGAGCCUACCUCUUCAACUCAGUGGUGAACGUGGGCUGCGGCCCUGCGGAGGAGCGGGUCCUUCUCACCGGCCUGCAUGCCGUGGCAGACAUCUACUGUGAGAACUGCAAGACCACACUCGGGUGGAAAUACGAACACGCCUUUGAGAGCAGUCAGAAAUAUAAGGAAGGAAAAUUUAUCAUUGAGCUUGCUCACAUGAUCAAAGACAAUGGUUGGGAGUAAAGUGAAAACUUCCUGUUCUCUUUUGAAUACGAUUUUGUGAAAGAGACGGUAAAAGUAAUGGAAACAUAGGCACAUCUGAUGGCAGUGUUUCUUGAACUUGAGCCUCACAGGAGGCCUCUCCAGGCCAACCCCCUGGUAAGGCGUCCCUCCGAUCUGUGUCUUCUUCAAUAACACGGUUAUUUCUGAAAAGUUUCAAUGACCUUUUUCUAAUUUCUCAAGAUGUAGAGAAAAGACCUAACCAACUGGUGACUUAUCCAUCCAGUUAACACCUUCUUUAACCAAUGCCGUUAAGAUAGUUUGGCUGUGCUCUUUCGUGUUUGAUAGAAAACCAGACUGAAGCCCCAAAGCCCACAGGGAGGUCUCUUCGGAGAGCCAGCUUCCCCUCUUGUUUGGAGAGAAGGUACGGUAACUUCUCCCUGAUUCGCAGAACACGUUGGUUAUUCUUCUUGCAGACGAGCUGUGAGGGCAGUGCUUACUUAGGAAUCUCUCAGAAAUCUAUGAAUCUAUGCACCAAGGGUGUUUUUUAGCCUUGUUCAAAAACAGAGGCCACCAGUGAUAACAUUUUAGAUAAGCUGUAUAGAGAAAUGUGUCUAAUGGAACAUGUUGUUUAUUUAAGCCAAUAGCUUCCUUAUCUCACAGGUGAGUGAACGAGUCGUUAGCAGAGACGGUCUUGGGCCAGUGUGCAGGCGCAGGCCCACAGGGGCUCCAGGUCAGGCGCUGGGCGGCUGGUCCAUGGAGUUAAGAGUGGAAUGCGCUGGACCAAGGGGAAUCGGGUUUCCUUUUCUACUCUGAUGCACUUGAAGAAAAAGAAUUAUUUUUUGCAUAUUUGAAAGAGGCCAGAGUGGGCUAAGCUUCCAAAUUUAACAUUUGCCAGAUAGUUUUAAAAUUUUUUUGGAAAAGGUUAGUCGGAAGACAGGUUUAAACUUUGCAGUGAAGAUGUUUGGUUUGCUCAGCAGGUCCCCGUGCCUCCUGGUUCUGUCCUGUGGGCCGACCCAGGCAGGGCCCAGCAGCCAGCCUCCCGAGUCCUGCGUUUCUGCCACAGGUUCAAGUUCUGACUCACCAUGCCUAUGCAGGGAGUGGGUGCACCACCCACGGGUUUUGGCCACUUUGCAGAGAAUGGAGGCCAAAAGGCAUUCCCACAGCAGUUUUCAUUUUCAGUGUUCUACCUGGCUCUGGCCAGUGGGCCCAGCCUGCCACUGGGCGUCUGGGGGCCUUCAGUGUGGUCACCGGGGCAUGAGACUCCCGGGACCCCAGUACCGAGGGUCAGAGAGAGGGCUGAGGGAGGGGGGAAGAGAGGAGGGCACAGGCCGGCUCCCAAACUCCUUCAGACGAGGUUAGUCCUAUGGCCACAAGCGCGAGCUGGCUGGGGACAGAGAGGGACUGGCUGCCAGUUGGUGGGUGGCCCUCCCCUGACCCCAGCCACUCACCUGGGCUUCCCUUUGACACCGUCUCUGCCUGGACCUGCAGCCUGGAUCGUGGGGAGUGCCCUGCCUGCCCUGGGUGCUGGGUCGUCCACGAGGGUGCCCAGUGGGCCUGAAUGCAUCUCAAGUUGCCAAGGGAAGUGCUUGGCACGGCACAGGCCUCCACUGCAGGCACUCUGCUGCCUCCCAAGCUGGGCCCCGGGCCUGGUCCUCAGUGCCCCGUGAAGGCCCGGCCAGCACCUUCCCUGAGACGUGAGUACGAAUCCCUGAGACCCCACCUGAGCCAGCGGCUCCUCAGCCGGGCCUCCUCCCCAAGCUUCAGCCUGUGGCCCAGCUGCUUCUCCAAAAGAUGCUUCCUGACACUGAGGAACCUCCUAAAAUUCCUCUGUAUCCUAUACACUCAACUGACAUUUAGAGCUUUUGUAUGUUCUGGGCACAGUUACUGCUCCUCUGGCUCUGAGCACUUUGGUUUUGUGCCGUCUCUGUGGUGGCAUCGAAGUGUUUUACCAGUGGUCCAUGACGACUUUUGUGUUUUUGUAGCUGACACCAACAAAGACUCUUAACACUUUUCUUGUUAGUCUUCUGCAAAAUCCGAGCUCCUUUUGAAACCAAAUGAACUGACCGUGAGCAGCUUCGAGGACGGACACUCACAAGACCACAACCAGAUGUGCUGGUCAAGUGCUGGGAUGCGCCACCCUUUUAAAUUCCUAAACAGUAAAUAUCACCCUGUGACUUUUAUUUAUUUAAGAUAUUUUUUUCCUUUCGAAGAGUGGGAGGUGAUGCCAGGAAUAUAAAUGCAUUUAAGUUAAACUAUGUAAUGUCUUCUGCACAGUACAUAUACAGUAUUUUUAUACCUUAACGCUUAUUCUUGAUGGCAUCUGUGAGAUAUUAGGAGGGAUGAGAAAUGGGAAUUGUUUAAAAAGUCCUUUAAUUUACCUGAUAACCUCACCAGGGAAUUAACAAAAUCUGAAUGUUUUUAAUGUCUAGAAAACUACAAUUUAAGCUCAAAACGACCUACAGAAAUGUAAACCCUCAUUUGUCAAAGGCUCUGGGCAGGCCUGUCCUCCGCUGUGGGUGGUGCCGCGGGGCUGCAGCCCAGGGUGGCUGGCCUUCCCUCAGGGCAGUUGGGCAUGGCUGCCGGACAGACGGAUGGACAGAAGCCCAGGCCAGCCCGAAGGUUUGCCCCUCAAGCAGGACUGCCAAACUCACGUGCACAGGCUUCCUCUGGCCCCACGUCUGGCUCUCCGUCCUCUGUCUGUGUGAGGUUUAAAAAUAAAGCUUCCA